UCUUGUAUACUAAUACCCGUUACUCUCUUCAGACUGUGUUUCCCACCUUAAGUUCUCAGUUUUAUCUUCGCCACCCAGAGAGAGACAGUCAGAGUCAGAGAUGGGGUUAGAAAUUUUGGAGCCAAAUACUUGCAUUAGAGGAUGCUGCCACAGCAACUCCAUUCCUCUCCAUCUUCCACCUUCCUCUUACACUAUCCUCAAACCUAUUGCUCGAGGGGCAGAGAGUGUUGUAUAUGGAGCAAUUUUGGAUGGCAAGAAAGUUGCUGUAAAGAAACCCAUCUUGUCUACUUCUGAAGACAUUGAUAAGUUCCACAAAGAGUUGCAAUUGUUAUGUAAAUUGCAUCAUCCCGGAUUGGCAAAGCUGGUAGCCGCACAUGCAAAGCCACCCAACUACAUGUACUUCUUUGAAUAUUUUGAACCUCCCAACUUAUCUGAGAAAUUACACGUCGACGAAUGGAGUCCGAGUAUCAAUCAGGUGCUCGUGAUUGCUGUCAACUUAGCAUCGGCUUUGCAAUAUCUGCAUAAUCUGGGGAUUGUCCAUAGGGAUGUCAAACCGGCAAAUAUUCUCCUUGACAGAGAUCUUUGCCCACACUUGGCAGACUUUGGUUUGGCGGAAUACAAACAUGAUCUUAAAGGAGUUUCUGUUGAAAACUGGAAGUCAUUGGGGAAGCCUACUGGUGGUUUCCACAAAAGAAAUAUGGUUGGCACCCUAAUAUAUAUGGCACCUGAGUUACUGAAGAAGGAAGUACAUACAGAAAAAUCAGAUGUUUACAGUUUCGGUAUUUCAAUCAACGAGCUUCUUACUGGUGUUGUUCCAUAUACGGAUCUUCGUGCAGAAGCGCAGGCACACACAGUGCUAGAGAUGAACUACACCGAGCAGAAACUUACAGCAGCUGUGGUGUCCGAAGGUUUGCGACCAAUUCUUGCUGGUCCUGAGUCUGGUGUACCAUCAACUUUAGUAUCACUGAUAGAGAGAUGUUGGGAUGCAACUGCUCAAAACAGACCUUCGUUUGAUGACAUAGUUGCAGAACUUGGUACAAUUUUGGAACACAGAAAGAGAAUAAAGGAACCUGCCAUUGCCUAUGGGGAAGCUCAUGAUUCCGUUGGUGAUCAGCGCGCAGAUGCUGCAAACAACCUUCAUGUUUAUCAAGAAGGUGUUGAUUGGUAUAGCCGGGCAGAAAAUUUCACCAAAAUAGCUCAUGAAACUAAAUCUGGUACGACAGUCUGGCUCAAUGCUUCAAAUGAUCCUUUGGCAUACCGUCCAGUUCUUUCAUGGGGUUCCUUUGCUACAUGCGGGAGAAGGGAGAGCAUGGAGGAUACGCAUUUCCUUUUGCCCCAUAUGGGUAAUGAAGAGGAUAUCCAUUUUUUUGGAAUUUUUGAUGGUCAUAGAGGUGCAGCUGCUGCUGAAUUUUCUGUUCGAGCUUUGCCAAGAUUCUUGCAAGCUUUAAGUUCUAUUAGCAGUCCAACUGAUGCUUUAGCGGAAGCAUUCAUCAAGACAGAUAUAGCAUUCAGAGAUGAACUUGAUUUUUGCCGUAAAUCGAAGAGAGUCAUCCAGAAGGAUUGGCAUCCUGGUUGCACCGCAGCAGCUGCUCUUAUUGUUAGAAACAAGCUCUUUGUAGCCAAUGCUGGUGAUUGCAGGACGAUAUUGUGUCGGGCUGGCGUCCCUGUUCUCCUAAGCAAGGAUCAUGUUGCAAGCUGUCUUCAGGAGAGAGAGCGGGUUAUUAAUGCAGGAGGACAAGUAAAAUGGCAAGUCGAUGAUUGGCGGGUUGGUCUAGCUGCUCUUCAGGUCACUCGUUCCAUAGGUGAUGAUGAUCUAAAGCCUUCUGUAACCGCAGAACCUGAGAUAAGUGAGACUAUUCUAUCUGCAGAAGAUGAGUAUUUGGUUAUGGCAAGUGAUGGACUGUGGGAUGUUAUGAGUAAUGCAGAGGUUAUAAGCAUAAUCAAAGACACUGUGAAAGAGCCUGGAAUGUGCUCUAAGAGAUUGGCAACGGAAGCUGCCGAGCGUGGCAGCAUAGACAACAUCACAGUCAUUGUUGUCUUCCUUCGUCUUGUAUCCACAGCUGAGAGAAUUUACUAGUUUGGUUGCUUGUUUUCUUACUCAGAAGUGCAGGUGGUGCGGACAUUGAUUAAAAUGUAACAAGAAAAAAAAAAUCCCAGCUAAUAAAAAGAAGAUUAUGUAUGAUAACACCUCCUCUAGUAGUAUAAUACUUGAUAUUAAUAUAAUACUCGAAGAAAAGGAUGUACAUUCUAUUAAUAUCAUCAAGUAAUAGAAAAGGACUGAGAGGCGGAGGACUCGCAGCAGAUCUCUGAAGAAAAGGACUAUCAAUGCUUCUAUGAGGUUAACAAAUUUGGAACUUGGAAUUCUGGCUUUGUAUCUGCUGCGCAG